UUUCAGGUCACCUGUGGCAAUCUGUUUAUGCUAUAAGGGAUGUAAUCAGCCGUACUGUCUUUCAGUUUGGGUUUUACCAGGAAAAAUGGUCUUGAAAUAAACUGUAUGGGGUGGAGAGGGUGGACAACAAGGUCCAGAACUGCUGCUUAGUGGUGUCUGUGUGCCCCCUGCUGGGGGAGCUGAGACAUGCCUGUCUUGAUGGAGGUGCUGGGUUUCUGGCCAAAGCUGCUUCCAGCAUCAAAGGCAGUGGCCCUAUUGUGUGGGAAGGGAAGCAGAUGGUGCCAGACCCUUGAGGUGGAAUAGAUGGGGGGCAUGCAGGACAAAGGUACACAGCUAGAUAAAGACCCAGGUAUUGCCCUUGUCUGGGCCACUGCUCCCACAUUCAGGAACCAGACUUUAUGGGUGAGGACACACUGUUCCUCCUGUCAAGUUAAUAACUUCCUGCCCCAGACAAGAAUAUAGCUCUGCACCUACAGAAGGUCUCGCUCAGACUGCCUGUCAAAAACCAUCGUGCAGCCCAGGAUCAAGUACAGUCACAGGAAGGUGGGGUUUCAAGACAUCUCUCAAGGACUGCCCUUCUCCCGAGAAUUUCAAAAUGAAGGCCCAUAUACUUGUGGGUGUGCUGGUCACCGUUUGCUUCGCAGUGAGAAAGGCUCCUGUUCCUGAAGUCUGGACCUGCCACUUCUGCCUCUUAGAAGACUCUUCUGUAGGAUGCAUUUCAGGCUCAGAGGAGUGCACCGUCAGCAGCUCAUCACCAUACAUGGUGAUCAACAUCUAUUACACUAUCAAGGUUCGCUUCACCGUCCGAGGCUGUGGACAGUACAAUUCUUACUGCUGCCAAGAAAAAUGCAACACCUAUUUCCUGGAUUACUGGUACCAGGCCCAGUGCUGCCAGUGUGAUUACCGUAACUCCUGGUCCAGCCCCCAGGUCCAGAGCUCCUUUCCUGAUACCCCCAGUGGGUUUUUGGCCCUGCCCCUGUCUGAGUCCAGGAUCCGGCAGUUCUACCAAGCCUUGAACCUCUCACUGCCCCUAUGUAUUCAUCCUGAGAAGGAGCCUGAAGGCCUGGGCCCCCUAGCCACCUUGCCCCUGUACCUGGGCUUGUCCAUUGCUGACCUGCACCGCAUAUACAUGUUCCUCAACAGUUCAGGUCUUUUGAUUCUUCCCCAGACUGGGCCCUGACACCUUACCCUUUCUGGAUUCCACUCUGGUCUUGUUUCUCAGGCCUCCUUUCCUUUGUACUUCAGUAUCUAUAUGGCUUUGGUUUAAUUUCUUCCAGAAACCAGUUGGCAUUGCACCCAGUGCUUAUCUUCUUCCUAGAAAAUAAUCUGCCCAAGCUGACCUGGGAAAGGCACAGUGGUUUCCUCCUCUUUCCAUCAUCCGAAUGUUCCAUCACCUUCCCAGUCCCUUCUCAAUCUGGUCCCCUGCUGCCUCCUUUCAGUUCUAUAUAUAUAAAUAUAUCCCUUCCUGCUACGACUCAGGGCCAGACUGAGCUUGCCGCAGGAGGGAUGAAGGGUAGACCUCUGUGCAGACUUCCUGUUUUGGCUCUGGUGUCUUGCCUCACUGGCUCCACCACCCCACUUCCCCACUGGGCUCUUGCUUCCUUCUCUUAUCACUUGUUGCAGCCUGUGGCUUCCUUGGCCCCACUUCACAUCACUGAGUCCUGACACCCACUUCUAUAAGUGCCAGAGGAGAGGAGAGGGUCUCCCUGCUCAGCUCUACAUCCCUGAUUUCCUUCCUUCCACAGUAAAUGGACUGGGCUAAGUUGGUGUCACAUUGUUUAUGGGGUUAGGCUCAGGCAUGGGCAGGUGUAGACAGGUUAAGGACAGUUAAUUGGGCAUGGGGCUCAAAUAGGGUUGCAGAGCGUGGCCCCCUCCACUUGGCCUUUGUGACUUCCUCAUGGCCCAACCCCAGAGGACCUGCAUCCUUUCUAUGCUCUGCUCAGCUAGAGAUCAAAGUGAAGAUUGUGACUCCUUGUAGCCUUGAACAUAGCCUGCAAAACUUAGGAAGUUAACCCAGGUGGCAUUGGGUUUUUCUACCUAAGAAAGAAAAACUUUUUUGUUAAGCCAGAAACACUCAGGAAAAAUCAAAAGGCCCAGGUCUACAUAUCCAAGGCAAUAGGUGCUGAGGGACCUGGGUUCCUGCCUGUCCUCAGUUCUUUUCAGGAACUUUGCCACCCAGGACCUGCUCUGUUGAGGCUUAUAGGUGGGGAAAAGUACAGACAGUACUUUCCUGCAAUGGUUGGAUCUUCCACUUUAUUUUAUUUUUGGAAAAACUAAACAUACAGAAAGCAAUAAUGAAUGUUUGUAACUCAAUCUCUUCCACACAUGCAAUAAGCACUGGACACCCUGUUCUCUGAGCCAGACCUGGCAUUAAGCACCAGGAUUCACGUAUGAGUACAGCCAAAUGUCGGCCUUCCAAACCUCACAACCCAGUGCUGGGGUUAUGAAACCUUUUUCUGAAAAUGAGGAUAGCCUUGUGACUGGGAAGCCCAGUCCCCACAGCUCUGCCACCUGGGUAAAUUGGUCUCUGCCUCAUCUUGGGUACCUGCCAAGCCUCACAGAAGUGAGAACACACGUAAAUGUGUGUGUAGGUAGAAGAUAGGACCUCAAAAGUAGAUACAUGCCUUAGAGACAAAUGUGCACACAGAUUUUGGCCCAUUUGUUUUUAAACCUUUCUGGCAAAACAUGCACAUCCAUAAGAUAGGCUUUUGUACACUACACGUUUGCAUUAUCAGUAGGCAAGUUAGCAUAAAGGCCUUUAUCAGUACCCAAAGCUGCCUCUGUCCAUCCUCCCAGGCUUCCCCACGAACCCUCAGGAGUAGCCACUGGCCUAAGUUGUAGCAGCUUAGGUGAAUUUUUUUCUCUGCUUGAUAACAGUGGCAUCACACAACACAUACAACUAUGUGGUAUUCUGCAUGUCCAUUAACAGAUCUCUGUGGCCCCUUUUAACAGCCUGUGCCCUGGCAGGAGCACCAGUGUUAAUUUCCAGGUCAGGUGGCAGUUGGUGGUACAAAAAGGUACAGACCUUCAGUGUGUACCCCUCUUGCUGAGCCCACUUUCCCCUGUGACAUCAGUAUAAGAGAAAGGCCCAGAUUUAUCCACCUCUAACAAGUCAAACUGGAAGAUGGCCUCAGAAACUGAGGAACCCAAGGCCCAAAUUUGAGGAGUAACCAUUGUUUUUGAAGAGGAAGUGGAACCUGGAAUCAGAGAGGCCAGGGUUUCGCUAGGCCCGGCAUAUCUUGCAAAAUACCCUCCCCCACCAUCUCCUCCCUGGGCCUGGGCCUUCAGCAGCCCCACUCCCACUGACACCCACCUUUGCAUGGACCUCCCUGCCAGUCCCCCACACAGCUUUGGAUGUGACGGCACUGCUGGGAAUGCCCACCACCAGUUGCCAUAACAGAGCUUCCAGCUUGUCCUUUUUGUGCCUAGAGCUGAGUCCAAGACACGGAGGCCAGGCAGGAGCAGAGUUCAGCAGAGCUUACCUGCUCCCACAGUGUGGCAGGCAGGACCACCUCUGUCAGCCUCCCUUGCACCAGAAGAGGCAGACGAACCAUCCAUUUUGUACACUAAUUUACUUAAGAAUAUCUGGGGACUUAAGGCAAAGAGGACCCCGGUGGGAGAAGCAACAAAUCAGGGCAAAGAAGCAGACUAGAGGUGAGAGAAGAGACGAAGGUGUCAAACUGAUAACUUGAAGGGAGAACUCGAGAGAAUUCUGGAGAGGGGGCCAAGGGAGAGGGGCAGAGUGGGAAUACAAGUAUUGAGGGGAGUCAACCAAGAGACAGUCAAGGCUGGUGUCCAGUAACUUGAGGGAAGCAGGAAAGGCUUGUGGAGACACUGGAAGUUAUCCUUGCUGUGCCCAGGUAAAAAUCAGGAGGAUGGCUGGAAACUGGCAGGAUUUUAUUCCAAAGGUCUCUGCAGAAGUUCUAAGGAAUAUAGAGCACUCUGUUCUGAGGGUUGUUGCAGAAGUCUGUGAAGCAACAUUGAGAGAACAUCUGGAAGCCAAUCACUGGAGAAGUGCAGGUGUGUGAGCAAUCACCCAUUUGCUCCUUGCUGCGACAGCCACUCACCAUGAUGUCAGAACCACUGUCUGGGAAGCAAUAGCAGCAGUCAGUGGUAUGGAGGUCCCAGGCAAAGCCCCAAGCCCCUGCCCCCUCCACAUACCCUGCCCUGACCCCACAAACUGCAAAAUAAAGAUUCUGUAGCUGGGAAGGAGCAGGGAGUGCCAGAGAAUCACCAGCCAUGAACUGCAAAAGCUUCCCACAGAAAGUUGGUGGGAAAGAGCCAUUCAAAAUACAGUGACUGCUGGAGAUGGCUAAAUUGGGAUUUGUGGAGCCAAGAGUUGGAGAACCAGCACUUUGUCUGGAACUAUACAAUAAAAAGUUGGCAGAUGACAUCUUA